AUGAUCGUUGAAGAUGAUAUGGAUGACAUUAUGCGGAGGAUACCGAGGCCUCAACAAACCAGAAGACGCGACGAACAGCUGCUUUCUACUACAGCGGAAGAUUCACUCAAGUUAUACUCGUUUGGAUUCGCCGCACGCGACUUCUUCCACGACCUCGAGAUCCAGGAAGCCAAGCGAUGGCUGUUUUUCGACAAGUUCAAGAUGGCGUUGCAUCACGACCAGGCGGCCAACGGGCGCAGCCUGCCGGCGCUGGCGGUGUUCGCGCACGCCCUGCGCCACCUUAAGGAGCAGGCGCUGCGCGAGCUGUCGGACCAGGCGGGCGCCGACCUGCGGCCCGACCACAUCCGCUGGGUG